CUUCUUGACUUCUUUUUUUGCGCUGUGUGCAGUAUAGAAUAUCCGUGAACAUUCAUUCGUUCCACUUCUGAGAUACAAUAACUUAAACUUAUUUGGCUCUAAAUAUAAAUUUAAAAAUUAAAUAAAACACCCCUUCGGUCCGAACUUACUCAGACAAUGUGAAAUGGAGCCUUAUACCACUACAUUUUGUGAAAGCACAAUAUAUCAAGGAUAUCAGCUGUAAUAUGUAUCUGUCUACAUCAGUAUAUUAGGUAAGUGAAGUCAUUGACACAAAUUAAUUAGCCUUGGUGAAACCGAAAUUGAGGAUUCUUUCAGUUAAUGGAAAUGUUUGACUGGGUCGGUUUGUUAUUAAAGGCAGCCUACUACUAUGGGCAGAUCAUUGGUCUUUGCAACUUCAAAAUUGACUGGCAAAGAGGUCGUGUUGUUGCAGCCCAAAGGAGCAUAAUAUUCGCCAUCGCGAUUAACGUCUUAAUUUGUAUGGUGGUGCUUUUGCAAAUCUCCAAGAAAUUCAAUCUCGAUUCGUACUUCAGUAAGGUGAACCAGCUACACCAAUAUGUGAUCAUCGUGAUGGUUUCACUGAGGAUGGCUUCAGGAGUUUCUACAAUUCUCAACAGAUGGCACCAGCGAGCACAACUAAUGCGCAUGGCUGAAUGUGUAUUUCGGCUAUUUCUAAAAAAGCCGCAAGUGAAGCAAAUGUCCCGAUGGGCAAUUCUUGUAAAGUUAUCUGUAGCUGUCGUCAGCGACUUCUUACAAAUGGCCAUAUCUAUAGACUCAGUGGGUCGCUUGGGGUCCAAACAAUUCGUGGGAAUGGCCUUGGAGUUCUGGAUGUCAGCCAUUAUAAAUAUGGCCUUAUCACAGUACUAUUUGAUAAUACUUUUCGUUCGAGCCUAUUACCAUUUGCUCAAGACAGAGCUGCGGCAGGUGAUCCAUGAAAGCCAGAUGCUAAGUGAGACUUACCCACGGAGAGGGGCUUUCAUGACCAAGUGCUGUUUCUUGGCCGAUCGAAUAGAUAAUAUAGCAAAACUUCAGAAUGAACUUCAAUCUAUCGUGGCCCAGUUGAACCAGAUGUUCGACUUGCAAGGGAUGAUGGUUUAUGUCGGAUACUAUAUAUUCUUUAUAUCAACAAAUUACAUAACGUACAGUUUAGCUAAAAAUGGUAUAGAACAACUGCACUUGACUGUCAGAGCAGUGGCACUGGGAUUUAGUUGGUGUUUUUUUUACUACAUGGAUGCCAUACUAAAUCUGUUUGUUAUACUCAAUCUCUUGGAUGAUCACAAGGAGCUAGAACGGAUACUAGAAGAUAGAACUCUGUUUACUUCCGCCUUGGAUGUCCGCUUGGAGCAAUCCUUUGAAAGCAUCCAAUUGCAGCUAAUUCGAAAUCCGUUCAAAUUUGAAGUAUUGGAUAUAUUUACCAUUACUCGGAGUUCAUCCGCGGCCAUGAUGGGAUCUAUAAUAACACAUUCGAUAUUUCUUAUUCAAUACGACAUGGAAUAUUUUUAA